AUGAAUCAGUUACUGUUCGUGGUGAUUUUCUCAGAGAUUGCGGUGAUCAUUGUAUUAUCAUUCAGGACACCGUUUAGGAAGCUCACGCUAAUGAUUUUGGAUCGGGUCAACAGGGGACGAGGACCCGUGGUGGUAAAGACGGUGGCGGGAACGGUUUUCAUGGUGAUGAUGUCGAGCGUGUACAGCGUGAUGAAGAUCCGGAAGCGUUGGAUCGAUGAUGGUGCGGCUAAUAUGACGGACCAGAUCCUCAUGGCCAAACACCUUCUCGAAGCUACUCUCUUGGGGGGAGUACUGUUCCUAGGACUGAUGAUAGACAGAUUGCAUCACUAUAUCAGAGAACUUCGGAUUCGAAGGAAGAGCAUGGAAGCUAUCAAGAAACAGGGUCCCGCGUUCGAGGAUGGAAAACCGAAUGGCUCGGACAAAGCUAAUGCCUUGGAGGGAGAAAUAGCCACUCUCAAGGCAAAAUUGAAGCAUCUGGAGUCUGAUAUUGAGAAUAAGACAAAAGAGAUGGAUGCUGCAGAAGCCAAUGCAGUUGCUUUAAGGAAACAGUCCGAAGGUUUUCUUCUCGAGUACGAUCGGUUGCUCGAGGAAAAUCAAAACCUACGGAACCAGUUGGAGUCAUUGGACCAGAGUGCGUCACAUUCAGGUAGUAAGAAGAAUACUUGAAAGAAAUGAGAACCUGUGGCGAAAAUGUUUUUUCUUGUAUCGUUAUCAGUUUUAAUCUAGUUACUCUGGGAUUGUGAAGUGGAUUUGUGAGUUGCUGUGUAAGUGUGGACAGAAAAGAUAGAUCCCAAGAAAAGGAACAGGUUAGAGAAAUUAGCUUCUCUUUGCAUUUUGGGUUUGAUGUGUUUGAUUUAAGUAGGAAAUUAAAUGUUGAAUGGAUGAGAUUUUUACUU